CCGGGCUUUCAGGCGGGCUGACGGAUGGUAACCCUAACCACAAAUAACACUUGAUAGUCAGCAAACCGACGUGGAACUUCCUGAACACAACUUGCUCCUCUCCAUCCAUACACAAUGAGAUUCACUUCGUCGCUCCUUGCGGCGGCCCUGCUUCACCUUGUCUCCGCAUCCAACGUUCUCGACCUGAACCCUGGCAAUUUUGACGAGAUCAUUGGGCAAGGCAAGCCUGGGCUGGUCGAGUUUUUCGCGCCGUGGUGCGCGCACUUGACAGAACUUGGCCCCCAUAUACGAGGAACUAGCAGAUGCUUUCGUGCACGCAAAAGACCGAGUAGUUGUCGCCAAGGUGGAUGCGGACGGCGAGGGCAAAUCCCUGGGACAGAAGUUCGGCGUCACUGGUUAUCCUACCUUGAAGUGGUUCAAUGCCGAUGGAACACACGAGCCAUACGAGAGUGGACGUGAUUUGGACUCACUGGCGGCCUUUAUCUCCAAGAAGACUUCGAUCAAGUCGAAGGUCAAGCCUCCUCCAGAGCCUGAAUACUUGAUUCUGGACGCUUACAACUUUGACGACGUUGCACUCAACGCUGAGAAAGAUGUCCUUGUAGCUUUCACUGCGCCGUGGUGCGGUCACUGCAAAGCGAUGAAACCGGCAUACGAGAAAGUCGCUGCGGCUUUCAAGCCCGAGAGCAACUGCGUCGUGGCCAACGUCGACGGUGACGACCAAAAGAACAAAGAUCUCGCCACAAAAUACGGUGUCAGCGGCUUCCCCACUAUCAAAUUCUUCCCCAAAGGCUCUUCUGUGCCUGAAGCUUAUGACGGUGGCCGCUCUGAGGCAGACUUCGUGAAGUUCCUCAACGAGAAAUGUGGUACUGCGCGGGCUGUCGGGGGUGGGCUCACAGAUCAAGCUGGCCGGCUUCCUGCCUUUGAUGCUCUCGCUGCCAAGUUCUUCGCGGGUGCUGCUGACGUCAAGGCCUCCGUGUUUGACGAGGCUACUGCUCUUGCCGCAACGGCUGGCAUCGCAUCUAAGCAUUACCUGCGGGUCAUGGAGAAGAUCGUUAACGGAACGGAGGGCUACUUGGAGAAAGAGGUCAAGCGGCUAGAAUCGAUCCUGAAGAAGCGGAACCUCGCGCCAGCCAAGCUGGAUGAGAUCAAGAUCAAGUCCAACAUUCUGCAAGCAUUCAGUGCAAAGAGUGAGGAAGACUCUGAGAUAAAGCGAGACACCGCGGAGUUGUGAUAACACAGCUGUUAUGUAUUUCGGAUUAUUUCGUGUCUAUGAUACCUCGACGUACGAGACUGGGCGCAAAUGGCAUUAGACCGGCAAUCGCCGCCAGACGCCCCAAAAGCAUGAGGUGAGACAAUUUUGUUUGUGCGCCAACCGCCUCGUGUUCGGGAAGAAGUACUCGUGACGUUCCCUUGGAUUGUUCGAGCCGUGCUCAAGGCCCGAAUGUGUAUCAGAUUCCUUCUAUCGCGAUCGAUGGUCCUCACCCCGCCACACAACCUCGUCGCUUAAAAGUAGGCGCUCGACCUCCUUGACGCCCAAUUCCUGUGCCCUGUGCCACUGUGUCUCCAUGUCCUCCAAAAUGUUUCUCUCCGACGAUCCCCACGGUCCUGUCAUACCCAAUCCUCUGCGCCAGAUUCGCAUGUGCCGUUGGCGCCAUUCGCGCCAGAAAUGGCACCGCUUAACGACUAAACACGCUUAUGGAGGGGAGAGCGAAGCUGCUCCUUCUGAUAUCGAGAUCGUGACCUGGAACGUCGACUUUAAUACGCCCAUGGCUGAGGUGCGGAUGAAUGCGGCGCUGGACCACCUGGAAAAAGAGGUCUUCCAGUGCCAGGAUGGAGAGGCUCCGAAUCCUUGCGUGAUUCUGUUACAAGAAGUCCAUGUCGUUCACGGCCUCAACGCGAUUCUGGGAAAUAGCUGGGUCCAAGAACACUUUUUGGUCACACCAACCGAUACGAGUAAAUGGCCGCUUGAUGCGCAGUAUGGGAAUGUGACGUUGGUGGAAAAGUCGAUUCCGGUCGAGGACGCGCACAUCCUCGAGUUUGGAUCAUCCGACAUGGGACGCACAGGUGUGAUCGUGGACAUCAAGCUGAGCGCGCCGGCAAAGGAGCGCGAGCCGAUCUUCCGCAUCAUUAAUACACAUCUGGAGUCGCUGGCAUCGGGAGACAGCGUACGUCCAGAGCAGAUGAAGUUGUUAUCCAAGUUUUUGAAAGGUCCGCAAAUUCGCGGGGGCAUCAUUUGUGGCGACAUGAAUCCAAUCGGCGCUGCGGAUGCAGGCUGUCCUGCGGCAUUGGGCUUGCGCGAUGCAUGGCACAAGGGCGACAAGACGAGGAGGGAUUCACCUGGGGAGAGCAACCUGAACACGCCGUCUAUCCUCCAGCGCGCUUCGACAAGGUGUUGUAUCUUGGGCGCAAAGGAUACCGAGUCGAGGAGCCGGAAAGAAUCGGCGUUGGGCUGCAGGCUUUUCACGAGCGAUUACCCCGAAAUAUCUUUCUGUGUGCUGUGCUCUGUACUCCUGUAUUAUUGGUGUGCCAGUGGAGAGUCGACAACAACUUUGUUUGCAUCAACUCCCCCUCUUUUCCUCUCCAUCGCAACCAUGAAGUCUUUCGCCCUCGCCGCCGCCUUCCUCGCCGCCCGCGCUGCUGCGCAGAUGACCAUCAACACUCCUACCACCGGUGGCAACCCAGGAGCUGCCGAAUGUCAGCCUCAACUGAUCUCUUGGUCUGGAGGAACCCCCCCUACUUCGUUCGCUGCCACUGUUCCCGCUGGCGCCACUCCUCUCGCUCAAUGGAAUGGUGUCACUACGACCCAGGAGACCUGGAUUGUCAAUGCCACAGUCGGAACCCAAAUACUUCUGGGCCUCAAGGACAACACCGGUGCCUCUGCCAACAGUGCUACCUUCUCUGUUCUCUCCGGCAGUGGUGAUGGAUGUCUCAAUGGCGCUGCUGCCUCUUCCCCUGCUGCAGGAAGCACCACCGCAGGAUCAACCGGCACCACGGCGGCAGCUGGCGCUUCCACGGCCGCUGGGGCCACAACUGCCGCUGGGGCCACGACUGCCGCUGCCAGUGGAAGCACCGUGGCACACGUUUCGUCGGCCGCGAGCUCCCAUGCUUCCGGUAGCGCGACCGGCUCCAAUGCCGCAACGGCGACCAGCGGCGCUGCUGCUCUCGCACCCCUCUCUGCCUUCGCCGCAUUUGUUGGUGCCUCCGUCAUGGCCAUCCUGGCUUGAUUGGCCUGACUGGACACUACCACCCUAUGCACACCCGAAAACACACGUUUCACGCACCUCUUUCCGGUCUCCAACAGCCUUAGAGCUAUCGUCAUUCUCUUUGCCCCGUACUCCUACACGGACAGCCAUCUCUCUAAUACAUCACUUUGCAUCAGACACCAUAUCCUUAUGUUCCUAUACCAUGACAAUGUGUGUUUGUGUGUGCAGUGAAUGGGAGGAACACUUG